AUGAUUGAGGAAGUGGCUAAGCAUUAUGCUUAUGGAGGUGAUAAAAGGCAAGGUCAACCCAAGAAGGGCGGUAAGCAUGAUCUUGAAGCAAUAGAUCUUAUUGCUUCAAAGGUUGAUAUGUUAGCUCGAAAGCUAGAUCAAGUGAACAAUGUGCCCGGUAGCUCCUCCCCACAAGUCAUGUCUUGUGAGACUUGUGGAGGAAAUGACCACUUGGCAUCCUAUUGCAACACUACAACGGAGCAUGUGGCUUCACUUGGUAGGAAUGAUCCUUACUCCCAAACUUUUAACCAAGGUUGGAAACAACAUCCAAAUUUUGGGUGGAAACAACCCAAUCAAGCUCCCCCUCCUCAAAACAAUUACAACCAAGCUCCUCCUUACAAUCAACCCCCUCCACAACAACAAGCUCCCUAUCGCCACCCCAAUCAAAGAGACAAUGUCCAACAAAGACCCCAAUACAAUCAAGCCCCUCCUCCUCCAAAAUCCAACAUUGAAUCCGUUUUGGAAACCUUCAUGACCCAACAAAUCAAGAUCAAUGGGGAAGUUAGUAGCUCAAUUCAACAACUCCAAGCACACAAUAAGAUGAUUGAAAGUCAAUUAUCUCAAAUUGCACAACAAGUUGGGUGCACCUCUAACCCCGGUGGUCAAUUUCCAAGCACAACGGUAAUGAAUCCAAAAGAGCAAGCAAAAUCAAUCACCUUGAUUAUGGAAGGGGGGUAUGAAACUCCAAUUAUGAGAGAAAAUGUUGCCAAAAAGGGAGAUGAGGGAGAUAGUUGGGUAGAUGAAAGUGAGUUUGAAAAUGAAGUGAGUGAGGAGGCGAGAGGAAGGUCAAAAAUGAGUGAUGAGGGUGCCUCAAAGAGAGAUGAGGGAGAAGUGAAGAGUCAAGCUCCAUUGAGAGCAUAUGAGCCUCAUAUUCCAUUCCCUCAUAGAAUGAUAGAGAAGAAGCUAAAUGAGAAACUUUCUAAGUUCCUUGAUGAAAUGGAAGGACUUCAAUCAAACAUUCCACUUCUCCAUGCUUUGUCUCAAAUGCCUACAUAUGCAAAGUUUUUGAAAAAUAUUCUUUCUAACAAGAGUAGGCUUGAGGAGAGUGAUUCUAUCUCUCUUCCAACGGAGAUAAGUGCUAUUCCUCAAAAUGAGCUUCCCGAGAAGUUUGGUGACCCCGGUAGUUUUGCUAUACCAGUUAAGGUUGGAGAUCUUGAAUCAACAAAUGCUUUAUUAAAUCUUGGGGAGAUUAGCCCCACCAAAAUGUCAAUCCAACUAGCCGACCGCUCGGUUAAAGUCCCAUUGGGAGUCUUGAAGGAUAUCCCAAUUCAAGUGGGGAAGGUUCUUGUGCCUUGUGAUUUUGUAAUCAUGGAGAUGGAUGAGGAUUUCAAAAUUCCUCUCAUAUUGGGUAGGCCCUUUUUGAAAACCGCGGGUGUUAAUAUUGACAUGAAACAAGGGCGGCUUACCUUACAUGUUGGGCAUGAAAGAAUCUCUUUCUCAUUUCCGGAAACGUUGAAUGACCCCAUGGUUAAACAAGUUCAUCGGGUUGAUGUUUUGGUUAAUAUUUUGAAAGAAGACAUGGAGGAGUCACAAGAUGAAUUGACUCAUGCUCCGGAGGUGAAAAAGCAAGAGAGGGCCAAGAAGAAAAAGAAAAACAAGAUCAAGUUGAUAGACAAGAUGUUUGGUUGCAUUUCUAGUGAUGAUAGCAAUGUGAUUAUUUUGCCUAAGGAAAAUGGCAAGUGUGUGGGAACAAUAAGAUGGGUCAAAAAGAUGUGCCUUGACCCUCCCUAA